AUGAUAAGCUGUUUAAAUAUUUUACUGCUAUUUUUUACUGUUUUUUGCUAAGCUAAUCUAAUUAAAGUUCCUUUGAGAAGAGAAACUCAAAGCUAAAACUAAAAUUUCCUAUCUGGUAUAUUUAACUCUCAUCUUGAUUAAAAUAUAGUAUCAUCUUAUGCAUACAAUAAUUAGACCCUUUAACAUGCAAAGCUAAAAAAUAAUGAUAAAUAGUUAUACACUGGAUAGAUUCUUUUAGGAUAGUAAAAGAAAAGUUUUACCCUUGCAAUUGAUACAAGCUCUGACAAAAUAAUGAUUCCAAGCAAAUUUUGUUUAGACUAAAAUAAUUGCAAAGGUUUUAAAGAUUCUUAUGAUUGUCAAAUUUCUGAUGGAUGUUCUGUUACAAACAGCAAAGACACAUUAAACUAUUUAAAUGGCUAUGUAUCUGGUACAUAUGUGGAUGCUUUAGUGUGUUUUGGUGAUCUAUAAAAUGUGAAUCAAAAAAUUUUACUUUUCGACUCAACAAAUAAAUUUUAGAGCGAAUAUUCUAAUGGCAUUUUAGGGUUGGGAGUACAAAAUAAUUUGAAUGAAUAAUCUAAUUCGUUUGUCUCUAGCCUUUAUAAACUAGGAUUGAUCAAAGAAAACAUGUUUUCUUUAUACUUAGGGUAUAAAUAUUAAGAUUCUGAGUUAAUUUUGGGAGGCUAUGAUUUAAAAAAUAUUGUUUAAAAUGCUAGAAUAAGUAAUCAUAAAUUAGCUCAAGUUACUAAUUAAAAUUCACAGAAAUGGGCAAUAAAUGUAGAUAAAUUUGAGCUUAAUACAUUUAAGUUUACAUAUAAUAGUACUAAACAAGUAGCAUUAAUAGAUUCUAGCUUUCCUUUUAUAGCUAUAGAUUAAUACAUGUACGAAUAACUAUAUCGCUUUUUGCUUCUCAAAGGUGCAUAUUUAAGCAAUAACGAACUUAGGAUCGACUGUAAAACUAAUAUAGGCAGUAUGUUAUUUUAUAUGUAAGAUUCAGGGUAAGUUUAAAGAGAAUAUGAUCUCCCAUUCUCUUUUUAUACUUCCAACUCAACUUUUGACUGUAAAAUUUUGAUAUAGCCUUUCUCUAGUAAUGAUAAUGUUGCUUUUGUGUUAGGAGGUCCAUUUUUAAGAAGAUUUGUAUCUAUCUACUCAUAUUAGAAUCAAACAAUAAGUUUCGCUUAAUCUACUGCAGAUCCAUAGGAUGACUUCCCCGUAUGGGCAAUUAUUGUAAUUGUUGUAGUAGUUGUUAUCAUAAUAAUUGCAGUUAUUGGUAUUUACUUAUUUAAGAAAUUUAAAAGUAGAAGAAAUCAUGGAUGUAUUCAUUAGCCUUUUGCUAGUACCACUUCAGCAUAUUGA